AUGCUUCGGUUACACGGUAUGAUGUUCUUGUUGCUGUCGAUUAGGUCCCAUGCAGCAAUACCAGCCGAGGAUACUGUGUUUUUUGAUGCUGAUACCGAAGAUAUCACUGCUGAAGAUGAGGACGGAGUCAAUAGAACAGAAAUUUAUCCUGAAACAACUCCUAGUAGCCAGGGCGACACGCUUUCCCAGCUUCAUUUUUCUGCAGUUAUCGAUGACGACACAACGACAACAGCAGGAUUUCUCCAGGAAGUGAAGGAUUUGGAUUCGUCCACUCAAUCAGCUGCGACAGAUAGCGGGACUACGGCUGAAGACGUUCAAUCAACGGAACGUCCUACGAGUUCCUCGGAUACGUUUUACGAGGGAAAAAUUCAGGAUACAACGUCGGAGGUGACCGUCACCGAUCCGGUCACAGCUACAUCUACUUCAAGUCCUGCGGAUGAUUUUUAUAAAAAGAUUUCGGAGCAACUCGACAAUUUCCCUCGUAAACAUCUACCAAAGGUAUCCAGGCAUAUCUACCGUACUUCUGGUGAACACAAAUUAGCAUGA